CCAGUCAGUGGCCGGAGUGGGGAGCGGCCCCGAGCUGCGCAGGGGCAGGGCUGAGUGCGGCCGCCCGACCCUACCCCACCCCACCCUACCUCGCCCCCGCCCGGCCCCGCCGCCGCCUCGCCAUGAUCAAGGCCAUCCUCAUCUUCAACAACCACGGCAAACCGCGCCUCUCCAAGUUCUACCAGCGCUAUAGUGAAGAUAUACAACAACAAAUUAUCAGAGAAACUUUCCAUUUAGUAUCCAAACGUGAUGAAAAUGUUUGUAACUUCUUAGAAGGAGGCUUAUUAAUAGGUGGAUCUGACAACAAACUCAUUUACCGACACUACGCCACAUUGUACUUUGUCUUCUGUGUGGAUUCUUCAGAAAGUGAACUUGGUAUUUUAGACCUAAUACAAGUAUUCGUGGAAACACUUGACAAGUGUUUUGAAAAUGUCUGUGAACUGGAUUUAAUUUUCCAUGUAGAUAAGGUCCAUAACAUUUUGGCUGAAAUGGUCAUGGGUGGAAUGGUUUUGGAGACCAACAUGAAUGAAAUUGUUACUCAGAUUGAUGCACAAAAUAAACUGGAGAAGUCUGAGACCUUUAUCUUUCAGUCUCCCAGACAGGACAGGUAGACACAGGUAUUGCCGACUUUGAGAAAAAAUGUACUUUUAACCAAAAGGGAAAGCAAAAUGAUGUCAAAGCCAAUAAAUUAUGUAGGCCAGACUCAAAAAUGAUGUGUUAAUAUACCCAUAUCAGUCCUUGUAGCCUACUUUUUGUGCCAGUUUCUUCUUGUAGCUCCCUCAUUUUAUUGACUGUAGUGUAUUUUACUAGCUUGUCAUUAACUUCCUAUGUUUGUUUUAUUUUUUUUCUUGCAUUGUAGAGUUUAACUUUGGUUUUUAUGUCACCAUUCAACUAACAAAGAAAUUAUACAUCUGUUAGGAAUAAAAAUAUAUAAAUAACUACCUGAAUAGCCAUUGAAUACACAAAUACCUAAAUAGUUUUAAUACUAAGAGCUGAAAAACUUACCUAUAACUGAAUGUUCUAUCCAUGAGGUUUUUAAGGUAGGUAAUGUAAGUUCUUAGCAGAACAGCUGCAAAAGUCGGUGUCUAGAAUUAAAAAAAAAUAAUUUUUAGGUGCAUAUAGGGGAAGAGUGAAGUUUUAGAAAACCUUGCAGGUAAAACAUUUUGUUCAUGGUCCCAAAUAAUUAAGUUAUAUAGAUAUUAAUAUUGUAAAAAUGAUCGAUGUAUUAAAAUCUGACUCAGUUAAAAUUAUUGUCCUGAAUGUCCCUAAGAAGCAGAAUUGGAAGAGCACUCGGCACAUAUGGGGCUUCAGAUGCACACUUUCUUCUUCUUGUAAAUUUUGAUAACCAAGGCACUUAUGGAUCACUGGAUCCUAUACCUCAGGAGACUUUCUGACAUGUUUAGAAAGUCUUUUGAGUCAACAGCCAUUGGACCAAGAUGGAUAUGUAAAAAGAAGGAAAGCCAUAUUUGAUGUUUGAAAUAUGCUGAGUACCCCUGCCACCUAGCUUUUAGAGCUGUUCAUAGCUCUGUAACCUGACUAUCAAUGCACGUUAAAAACUAAUAAUAUUUCAACAUUCAACUCCACUUAAAAUGUGCUUGGAUUUUAUAUCCAUAGUCUUUCAACCAGUUGGAGUCUUAAGAAUUUUUGUUAAAAAUAACAAUAACCGUUGUUCACUUUUACUAGAAUCCUUUAUUGGAUAAAGAAUGGAAUGUAUAUGUAACAUUUUAAAAAAGUAAUUAUAACUGGUAUAGCUGUCUCUUGUUAGAUUGGAUUUAAUAAAGUUGCAUUUUAAAGAGUUCAUCCUAAAAAGAUUUGCAAUGAUUAGAAUACAUUUUACUUAAUUUUGAAACACCUUGCAGUAAUUAAAGGAGUAGUCCAAGUCAAUGACCAUGCUCACCCCUGCUACCUCAACACAUUGAAAACAAUCUAGAUUUCAUUGUGUAAGAAAAGGUUAUUUCAUCUUUUCAAUGAACUUUUUUUUUUUCCAUAAUGCUUUUAUUUUCUGUUCUGCUUGCACAUGUGUUUUUUAUUUUUGGGUCUGGCAAUUUAAAAGAAAAAAAAACCAAAUACAAAUUCAUUCCCAUCCAUUACUAUCUUUGUGAUUCAAGUGCUUGGAAUUUCUAAGAGUAUGUCUAAGUCUUCUAUCUGUUUGGCCUCAUUUUGAUAUACUUGCAGACUUCAUUUUGUUUUUUCUCUAAUUCUGUUCAUUUAUUUAACCUCAUGAGCAGAAAACAUGAUCAUUCCUUUAUAUUCUGUACUGCAUCCUUUCACUCUAUUCAUAACCCUGCUGCUUUGAAAUCAUACUUGUUCUGGAGAGAGGAGUUGGUAUAAAGCACCAGCAGCAGUGAUGUUGCAAGUACAUUGCAAUACAUUGGGAGGGAAAAGCAGCUUCUCUCACAGAGUUUCCGUUUUCAUGAAUUCAUUUAUAAAUAAGCUGUAUGUUUCUGUUCCUCCUUUUAAAUGUGAUAGCUAGCUCCUUGUAAAGCUGUUGGGAGGACAGUCUAAAUGUUUUUCUGUAGGUAUAGAACAGAAGCUUCUAUGAAUAUUGGCUAAACUUGCAAAAGGAUUUGCAGUAUGUUUUUAAUGAUUUGAUACUUUAAUGACCACAAUGCUUAAACUUUUCAGUCAGGGCACCCCUCCAGAACUCUCUUAAACGUGGUGGCAUCUCCAGUUGAGAGUCACUGUCCUCAACUUUACCUCUGUGCUUGUCAGCUGGGUUCUGCUGCCUCCAGCUAAAACUGCCUGCACAUUGGGCGGAUCCAGGGGGUUGCAGUGGUGUGGGCCACUCUGCAAGAGAAGCAGCCAGGGACUUUUUUUAGUCCCUGAAGCAAGUCACAAUUCCUCCUCCUCUCCCUUCCUCUCUGCUCAACGGCACCUCCCCUUCCCUUCUGCCUUGCUCCCCUGCCCACUGCUACUACUGUCUCCAGUUGCCCCAGGGUAGAGGAGGAAGCUUUCAGAGCUGCCCUUGCCCACUCCAGCCAGGCUCCUCAUGGAGCAGGGCUCAGCUAGGCACAGUGGCAGCAGCAGCAGCAGGCAGGUCCCUCCUCCCUGCCCGAUCCCUCUGGUGUUCUUUGCCGGUCCAGGAGCAGGCAAGGGGAAAGGGGACCCACCUGCUGCCACUGCUCUGUCUAGCUGAGCCUGGCUCCACGUACAGCUCAGCUGCAGCAGGGCAAGAGUGGUUCUUGAACACCCUCCCCCCCCCCCCCCCAGCUCAGCUGGGGACAGCAGCAGUGGUAAGCACGGGAGGGAAGGGAAUGUGUGCAGCUAAGAACAGAGAGAAAGUAGAGGGGAGGGGAUUCAAGUCCCCUGCUGCUGCUUCUGCAGCAUGUUUUGCCAGCCCUGACUUUGAGGGGUUGGGAGGCUGGGAGCCGCUAUUGCAGUGCAAGUUGCUGCUGUCAUACCCCCUGUUGCAGAAUUCUGGAUCCACCCAUGGCCCUGCACACCUACUGCACAGCCAGACUGGGCAGGCUUGUGGCAUGAGCAUGUGCUCCUCUUGCAGUAGGGCUUGCUGAUUAGCUUAAAGCAGGCAGGAGAGCAAGCUUGUACUCCCGCCCUUCCUGGUCCAGCCCUGCCCAGCAUCUUCCAGAACUGUCCUGCACACUUCUGUUUCCAAGAGGAGUGUUUUAUGGGGGAUAGGGACAGGGGAUGGGGGGUAGCAGAGGUGGCCCAGAAAGAGCUGCAGUCUGAGGCAGCUCUGCUGUCUGCUUUAAGCUUAUCGGAGAGAGAGCCCUAAUAAGAGGAGCAUGCACUGCAGUGUUACCUGGCCACUGCCCCAGCAGCAGCUCUGAACCUGGGGGAGGGGAGCAUGUCUCACAGCACCCUGGUUUAAAACCACUGCUUUAUAAAAAUGGGGGUUAUCAACCUUUUUGGUUGAUUUUUUGGGGACAUCUUCAUGUAAUACAUUAGUAGGGGUAUCAGGAAAGAUGACUGUAAAAGGAAACAAAAGCGACUUUUAUCUUCUCUAUUAGUAAUGACCUAAGUAAAAUAAUGACAUUUCAAAAUUCUCAUUUGAGAGCAAGUGAGAGAAGGAAAAUUUACAUUAGUGUUAAUCAACAGAAUUCCCUAGCUUUGUUUUUACAAAAGACAUUCAGGUUACUUUUUUAUUGUGGUUUUGACAAUUCAUGUAAAAGCCACAAGCCUUUAAGUAUAUUAUCAAGUGUACAAACUGUUCUUGCAGUGGCUGUGAGUAAACAAUUGAAACAUCAAAUAUUUCAGGAUCAAAGUACCUAAUUUCUUUAACAGUGAAACUGAGAAUGCAAAGCAGCUGGGGGGUAAUAUGGUGUUUGGUUCAUUGUAAUACCAGCUGUAUGCAAGUUUGUACAGUACUUCUAAAGCUUCAUGAACAUGCUUGAGAAAUUUCAUUUUCACUUGCUUAGGUCAUUUGCUUGCUGUGAAUAUUCAUCAUUCACUGCAUGUUUAAGGCUUGCUACAUAUUUUUUAAAGUGGUACGAUUUUCUUGCACCACACUGACAUUUAUACUGAAAUAUGGGAUAAUGAAGGCAGUUGAAAGUUAUACUGUACAAUAUUAAAGUAACUAUUUUUCAUCAGGUACCUGUAGAAAAUCUGUUGUGAACAAAUUGAAUUUGAAAUAUUUCUUGUGGUACCUAUUCUUUGUCAAAUGUAAAUUUAAUUUACUCUUUGCAGCAGGAUUGAUAGAUAAAUAGCAGUUUACAUAAUAAGCAUCAAUAAGAGUCUGCUGAUUAAGUCAAUAUAUAUCAACAUAAUGCAAGCGCUUAAAAGAAACACUUUCACUUUAGAUUACUUAUUUUUAAAUUAAUGUAGCAACUUUCAGACACUUUCUGCUUUAUCUUAGAGGUACUUAAUGACAAUGUCUUGUGCUUUAUAAAGUUGUGACAUUGGUUGUGAUAGAAGGGCAUUCCCUUCUGUAAAUGCACUAUUUAUAUCAAAUCACAAAAACUUUUAAUAAAGAGGAGAACCACAGAAAAAAAGGGUAUGAGAUGGUAUCUUCAUUCCAGUGUCUAAUGGAUGUAUCCUUCUCUUCCACUAUGGAAACUCUCUGGCUUACUGGAAAGGGGCAAUAAUGGAAUGCCUUGGCACUUCUGUCAAGGAUCUUCUUAGAUCAGGGGUGGGCAAAAUGCAGCCCAGGGGCCAGAUGCAGCCCGCCAGGCCAUUCUAUCCAGCCCGCGGGGCCCCUAAAUAAUUUAGAAAAUUAUCUGCCCUGGGCUGCCUAUUAUGUGGCUCUCGAUGGCUUGCCAAAACUCAGUAAGUGGCCCCUCUGCCCAAAAUAAUUGCCCGCUCCUGUCUUAGAUUGUAAACCAAAACUGUCAGAUGAAGUUGAACCAAGGGUGUGGUUAUCUCUGGGCUGUUUGGUUGGGGGAUUUUGAGGCAGAAUAUUCAUAUUUUAAAUAAUUUUUAAUUGUUUCCAUUUUCUUGGGAUGGGAAGCAGGGAGUGGGUAUGCCCUCUAUCAAGAGCAUAGCUACAGGUAGGUAAAGAUAGUAACUACUUAUAUUCAAGGUUUCAUGUGUACAUUUAAGAAAAAUAACCUUCAUUAAAUUAGGGUAUGUUCUGCCUGUACCCUAACCUUUAUUAAAUUUAGGGUAAAGUAUCUCCAUCCUAGUCACCUAGAAGGCCCUGCUAUUUUAAAUUACUAACCAUGCUUGUCUGGACCAUGUCCAUCACUUACAAUAUUUCAUUGGUUUCUCAUUGGUUUAGUUUUGAACUGUAUUGUUUUUAUUGCUGCUUUAGCAUUAUUUGCUGCUUCUGUAUGGAAAACAGUUUACAUUGUCCCAUUUUUGGAAUUGCUUAAAGGAUUUUUCCUUGUUACUAAAUAUUGCCUUUAAGAGAAAAGGAAGAGAGAAGCUAAGUUAAAUGGAGGAAAUUGACAGAUUUUGGUAUCUUGUAAUACUGUCUCAGCAAGUAUUUGAGCAUUCAAAAUUUUCAAAGGGAGCUUUAAAAUGAGUGCCUUACAUAAUAUGUGAAUUACAGUUUUGUUUUUUUUAAAAAAGGAAAAUGCUGCACCUGCUGCUGCUCUCUUAUGACACAAAAAUACAGCCUCAAAGGUGUGGAGCGUGUAUAUGUAUUUUUUUUGUUUUGUGUUAGUAAUAUCAGAUCAUAACUUUCUCUCUGGGGAAGGAUGGGAACUAAGAUAGCUGUGGAAGUCUGCCAGAAAAAAGGUGAGGCCAAGGCCCAAAACUUCUGCUGUUCUUUCUGGGUGAUAUCUCUGCUGAGCCUCUCAGCCCAGCAAUAGGUGACUUCAAGCCUCCUUUUGCACCUUUAUUGUCCUGGGCUACUUCACACUCCCCAGAAUAAUUGAGACAACCUCAGAGGGUUGCUUAAGUGAUUACCAUUUGUGCUGAUUGCCAGUGCACUGCAUCACAGUCUAUACUCUCCAGUGUUGCUGUGACACCCUUGACAUGACCUUCCCAGUUCUGUUGCAUUUCCUCCAAUCAGCUUGUCAGGGCUUCUUGAAAGGCAGGCUCAGGACUUCCUGCCUCUUUUUCUGUGUUGGGAGAAUCCUCCUGUGCUGGAUUCUGGUAGACCUGUGUGAAGCAGCUACUGUUCGCUUUGGAUUCGGCCAAAUCUGAUUCAGAGAUUCGGCUGCUGCUGAAUCAUUCAAAUUGCACAGGCCCCAUCCCCUGCUCGAUCUUAACAGCUACCUAUCCUGGCCCCAGCUCCUGGUGCUUUGGCGGGGGGGGGGAAGCCCAGCACUCACCGGCUCCUGCCUGGUGGGGGGGUGAUCCCCGCUGCCCACGACUGCCCCACACCAUGUGGGGGCUCUGCCACGAGCCCCUGACCUCCGCCUGCUCUCCCAGCCCUCCCCCUCCCCCCUGCCCCAGCUCCUGGCCCUUUAAAAAAACAAACAAACAAAAAACCCCUGUACUCAUUGGGGUACAACUCCUGCCGGGGGGGGCAGGUUGGUGAUCCCUGCUGCCCCCCCACUGCCCCACGCUGCAUUGGGGGGGGUCUUCCAUUAGCCCCCAAAAGCUCUGAGGCUGCUGCAGCAUCCAGUGAGACCAGGGGUUUUGUUUGUUUGUUUUUUUUAAAGGGCCUGGAGCGGAGGCAGGCCGGGCAGCCAUGGGGGUCUGGAAGAUUGGGUGGGGGUCAGGGGGCUUGUGGCAGAGGGGGCAGCGGGGAUCAACCCCUGCCUGGCAGCACCUGGUGAGUAGGGGCUUUUUUUAAACAACCAGGAGGUGGAGCUGGGCAAGGCAGCCAUGGGCGGGGGGGCUGGGAGAGCGGGCAGGGGUUGGGGGCCUCGUGGCAGAGCCCCCACAUGGCGUGGGGCAGUGGGGGGCAGCGAGGAUCGCCCCCUGCCGGGCAGGAGCCAGUGAGUGCUGAGCUUUUUUUUCAAAGCGCCCCAUUCUCCAGCCCCCCACUCCCUACUUACCAGUAUGGAGUCCAGGUCCAGCUCCCUGCUGCAGCCAGCUGGGAACUACCUGAAUCACUGAAGCUCUCUGAAUCUUUUCUGGAUUGGUUCGGACCUUUUAAUUGGUCCCGAUUCGAUUCAGAGAUUUGGCUGCUGAAUCAAGCCGAAUCUCCGAAUCUAAUCAGCACCCGAAACUUUGCGCAGCCCUAGAUUCUAGGUCUUUCAUGGCUCUCUUACCCUAAUACCUGACAUAAAGGGGCUGGACCAGAACUGGCAAUUUCAUCCUUUACAAGUUUUGGUUGUCCUGGCUCUUGUUUUGAUAAGGCAAUGUUAUCUUUUUGUUGCUAAAUAGUCUGUAUAGGGUUGGACUAAAACUUGGUGUCAACUUCAUUCUUCAUAAAAGAGCAGCAAAGGGUAAACGUAUUCUUCAAUCCAUUUUUAAAUCUGGAUGCUGCAUUGCAAUGCGGUUUUUGUAUACCAGUCCCAGUCAGACAUACUCCUGAGCCUAACUUUCGCAUCCUGCAACUGUUAAAAAUUUAUUUUGAAAUCAUAAAUAUACUUUAUUCUUUGAAUAAUACAUAAUUACAAAAGCAUCUGAUAAUUGGAGGCUUCUCCAAUAGAUCAUUAUUCCUUUUUAUCUUGCUGUGUUGUUCAUUCAGAAUGAUAGUCUCUCUAAAUAUAUACUUACUUAUCCUGAAUCCUUAACAAGAUGGUACUUAACUUCUGUUUUUGCAGUUUUAAUCUUUUGCCUGUUUUGAAGUGCUCUUACUAGAUUUUUUUCUUGCAGUUUGUUUAUAUUAUUUCUAUUAUUUUAAUCCCCCCAAGUAAAAAUAUAUCAGAUUACUGCUGUGUAAAAUCAUUCAGUUUUGAGACGUGCCUAUGUAAGGAUUAAUUUAAAAAAUAAGUGUUUUAUAUUAAGCAUAAACUUAAAUAUCAGAAUAAAAAGUUACUGCCUUUUCUCCACCUUUGUAAUACUAAACUUUAUCUUUCCAAGUAGCUUCGCUUUUAAAAAUCAUUUUACAAACUCUUAAUAUCAGCAAGAACAGCCAGCCAUUUUGUAUAACUGUUUUUUGUGUUGCAAACUUAACAUAAUGAUGUAUAUGUUAUUCUAAAUAUAUUUGGGGAAUCUUGUUGCUAAUUUGGGCCUUAUGCACAAAGAAGUAUUUUACUUAGGGGAAAAUUACUGUUUAAGCUUUAGUUUUUCUUCACGCGAGUAAAUACAGUAGUAACUUACUUUUAAUUGGUAUUUUAAUAUAAUAUAUUUAUUUCAACCUGGAAUGUCUAGAUUUAGAAACUGUGAGUGGAUGAUGAUUCUGUAUGUCCCUUUUAGGUGUCUUGAAAACUGUUUUUGGCAGCACUUCUAUUACAAAUCCAUGCAUGCAGGCUUUUCAGCUGUUUUGUCCAAAAGGCAGUCAUAAUUAAAAUCAGUUGCAAAAUAUCCUUAUAGAUUUUCAGAAAGACUAAUGGCUUCAACUGAUUAAAUACCAGAGCAGAAAAAAUAAUGCAAAAUAAACACAAGUAACAUUUGACUUGACACAGCCAGUAAAAUUAAGGUAUGUUUAUGUCCUGAUAUGCUCACGAAUUUCCAGUGUCUGUGAUAGAUGAUUUUCCACGUCCAGACUGCACAUGUAGCAUCAGCACCCUCAACCACACUGCUCUCUUGCAUCUGUGCAACCACCCACAUCCUUUACUAGUAAGAUGUAGUGUACCCAUGUCCACGUGGUGCUGGGAGCACACUGACAUUGGGCACGUCUACGUGUUCAUUAAUUUUUCCUAGUUACUGGACAUUAAGUUUAGUACUUGGUUACCAAGUACUAAUUCAAUGCUCGGUAACUUGUCCUACUGCGUGGUAGUGCCAGCACAUGGGUUUUGACGCUUACUGUGCAGUAGUCUAAUAACACUGCCCAGUAGCGUAUUAGCAUGGUUUUUGCCUGGCACGCUACUGCACAGUGUUAUUAGGUUUCUGUACAGUAAGCAUCUAGUGUAGACAUGCCCACUGAGCAGUACUGUGCUGCACUACUUCUGGUUAGGGGUGAUGUAGCAUUCUUGAAGUAGAAUAGUGUGAUUAAAGUUCUGAUACAAAGCAUGGUAAGUUGCAGUCUAGAUAUAGCCACUGAAGUUGUGUGCCAUAUAAGCAACUCUCUUUGGGAUCAGUAAAAAUCAAAGACAGUCUAUUGACUUUAAGUAACCAUAUGCUAUUUCUUCUACAAUCUGCAUAUUAUAUGGUUUGGGAUUUUUCCUCCCCUCAUAUUUCUCAUCGAGCUGGCACAACAUGUAUCCAUUUUAUUAGAAUGUUUUGAACUUUCUACUUCCCAGUUUAGUACUCCAAAUAACUCAUUUCAUUCCAACUGAAACUGUCAUCUGAUCUUUCUAAUCUUAUAACCAUGAAAAUAAUUUUAACAUAACUCUUCUCUGUGUGUGGUGGUGGUGAUUGUUGUGAUGGGCUUCACCUGAGUUGUAUUUUUUUUUUUUUACUUCUAUAUACAGGCUGGUUUAGCAGGAGCCCCUGCACGGGCUGUGUCAGCUGUAAAGAA